AUGCAGGCCAGCGAGGCUUGGUUUGGCUGCGUCAACCCCCCCUCGUCCGCACAUCGUGGCUUUUUCUCCUCUCGUUGGUGCUUCGCUCCCAAAGCCGAGGGUCGUGUCGUCAUGACUGAUCCUGGUGGAUGGAGUCGUCCGGGGCGAUCGCCUGGACUGUUAGUGUUGGGUACUGGUUUCGAUCUGCCAUUCUCCUCUUCCCUCAGGAACACUCGUGGCCUUGCUGUACUUGUGGUUCGACAAAUGAGAGCCCGAAUGGCCGGUAAUCGGCGUAUCGGUUCGCCCUCGCUGGUCACCUCCACCACCUCCACCGUUCCGUUCCCACUAUCUUUUGUGCCUUAG